AUGCUUGGCCGCGAAUGUAUCCCCUACCAGCAGUCCCAGAAGCUGCCCCCAGGCUGGAUGGAGAUUCCUACUGGGCAUGCCGUUUGCCGAUCACCAAUCUUGUCCCGCCAGGGCCGUUUCUUGAAAACUCAGUUUACGCGGUACACUUAG